AUGAAUGCUGAAGAUGCAUACAAGGCAAAAUAUAAAGCAAUGAAGGAGAAGGUCAAAGACAUGGAGAGGGAGUAUGAUCGGUUGAAUAUCCAGCUAGCCAAAAUUAAUGCCAGUAUUCGACGAAUAAAAUUGGAAAAGAGGUUUGUGAUAAAGACACCUUUUGGCUAUUGUGGACUGCUCCAAGCUCAACUUUGCAAACCGUCCGGUAUUUUUCAGCUUCCUUUGGGAGAGGUCCGAAGGUGUAAACCACAUAUCAGGAUCAACAACCGCUAUGGAGCACGGAGUAAGUGGUUUCUCCGACCACCAACCGUCGCAAAUGGCUCAUCACUACACGUUAGUUUGAUGAAAACAAUCGACGAUGAUAUUGACAUGGUGCACUUUGCACUUGCAGAGGGGGUGCCAGGAUUGCCGAUGAAUGGCGAGACCCCAAAACGCAAUAUUUGA